GCCUGGGGGAAUAUCACUGAGGAAAACUCAGUGCCCACUAUUGACAUGGAGAUAAGUGGGUGUCCAGGCAAGCGCUGCUGCCAUACUAUCCAAGAGGACACCAGGAUACGGACACCUAAAUACGAUCGGAAGGGUGAAGGCCCUACAUCUCAUGCCCUGAGGGACAAAGCCUUUAUGAAGAUUCCCGGGCACUCAACCACGGUUUGCACCAACCCAGCGGCGACACAUCUCCAAAGAGAAUUUCGCACAAGCAGGGACCAGUGCUCAGACGCCAACAGGGGAACACGGUUCCAUGCCUUCAACAACUAA